AUGGGCUUGGCAUUUCUCCAUUUUCUGAGGCUCCACUACAUGAGAAAUGAUAAUGUAAGCUAUCUGAUAUGGACAGUCGACGCUGCGACGUGCACAGCUCAUCACUCACUGCUGCGGGCCAUCAAAUCUGAACUGACUCAAGUGACAGCCACCAGCACGCGGGACAGAGCGUAUCACGCGCUAGUGAGCAGUAUAAGAAUCUCGGCGCGCGCGACUCCUUCUCUUCUCCUCUUCUUCUCCAUCCGAGUGCACGGUAAGCAAAGCCACCCUCACACUUCCACAACAUCGACCAUCGAUUCGUCCGAGAUUGCGUUUUUGCUAGUUGAAAACUAUCAACUGACCGCUCUCGUUGGUCUUCGGAUCGGCGAGGAAUUUUUGACAACCUGCCUUGGAGAAGAAGAGUGGCUCGUUGACAUCAAUACAACACGUUCGAUGGAGACCAACAAUCCUUCGCGGAGCAGGAUACGGAAUGAGGACAGUGAAGAGGGUCUGGCGGGCAGCCGCAGCCUUUGGCAUCUUGCAAGCAAAGACAUGCCCGUUGUCUGCGGCUGGACAGAUGGACAGGAAGGAGCUGCACGUGGGCAUGGCUUCAUAGACAACAACAUCGGGAGCACGGAACGGACUAGACUUGACGACUUGCGCCCUUUCAUAUCGCCGCAAACCCAUAGUGCCAAACAGAAUCUACGCUUCACGUGCGGAUCGCUGCAUCUGCAUCUGCGGGAACAAAGCUGCCGCCAGCAAUCGCUGCUGCGUCUCAAAAGCUCCGCAAUAGCUUCGAUGCUUCCGUCUGAGACACCGCCAACCACGCACCACGGCAGUCACAGCAUGCGCAUAAAACGGGGACUUCCUGCGAGCGAAGCUGAGGGCCCGCCUCUCAAGCGACAGUCCUCGUCGCCGGCAUACUCACCUCGAAGCCCGCGCAACAUGCCAGUGCCCCUCCAAGACUCACUUGAUAUCUUGCAGCAUCACACGAGCUUCGACCUCCCCGAAUCGCCGACAUCACGUACAUCGCAGGAAUCACCGCUCACAUCCGCAAUGGACGUAGAUGCGCCUUCUGUUCCUGACGCCGACGACUAUUUGCCGUCAUCGCCAACACCACGUGCAGCCACCGAUGCCAAUCCCGAGGCCACACCACCUGCGCGUGACAGGGAAGACAGCGGCGUUGAUCGCAGCUUCGACCUGGCCGCAUUGAGCCCCAUCAUACGAGAGAAGCACUAUCGAACAGCGUUUGAGACCCUGGUCAUUCCACUCAAAGAUCUCAACCCUCCGCCACCAUGUCACCAGUAUCCUCCCAUUGCCGAAGAGAUAUUCGAGGGCUAUCUGCGCCACGCCACUUUCGUGGCCAGAGUAUGGAUCAACUACGAUGCAGUCACUCAAAAAUUCUUCCUCGAACCUGACCGCCUCGCGGGAUGCGGAGAAAUGCGUCUCAGCGGCGAGAAACGUCGCUAUCUUGAGUCAUAUGGCGACGCACUCGAGUUCGGUUCGGUAUGUUUCGAGAUUGGUACCCCAUUCCGUGUGCUUGCAAGGAUGUGCAUCGAUGUGAUCCGUCAAGAAAUGGAAGACUCGGAUGGCGAAAGUGUUGAAGGACCCAUGGAGCGCCUCGAUGUUGGUGCAUCGCUGCUUGAUCCGAUCACGGGAAAGAACACAAUUUUGAACGGUGGUCUGCUUAAGCUGUGGGUUGUGAAGAUUCGGGAUAUGCUUCGAAGGAUGCAACCAGGUGCACAACAAGGCCAAUCCGGUUUGCGUCUCCAAGAUUUGGACAAUAUCGCGAGGUGGCUGAUGUACCAUCCACACACUCAAGAUGAAGUGGACAAAUCGUUUGACGGCUCAAUUCGCUUCUCGGGGAGCAAGAACAAGCACGGACUCUCCGAGAGCAGGCAUAGAAGCAACAGCAUCAAAAUAUGUAACGCUCUCGGUAUCACCCUCGGAAGGUUGACCUACUUUGGUAUGCGGCAGCUCCGGAUAGCAAUCUUGCGAAGUGAGUUCAAGCCAUAUUUUCUUGUUCCGAAAUUGCAAGUCGUGACUGGACUUGCCAUCUCGAGCCAAACUUCACCUUCUUACGCGAAACCUUUCGCCUUAGGCAGCUUCGUGUGCACGGCACGGAAGGAGGAAGUACUGAGCCCAUGGACCACUUACUUCGCUCAUCUUCAUUUCUUCUGUCGAGAAACUACAUACACACAAUAUCGACAACAUCCGAGAGUCACGCUUCUUUCGACAUCAUUACACAUUCUCGUCAAGAGCAACUUCACCACUUCGCUCGGCCUCGCAGAAAGCGACAUGCAACGAUUCAAAAAUGCUCCGCCAGCUCCCUCGGCUGAGCUAUUCCAAUACGAAAAAUUGCCGCCUGAACUCGUAUCAGAAAUUCUCAAUAUCAACAAGAACCGCUCUCGAUCAGACAACAUCAAAGGACAGCCCGGCUUUCUCCUGGUGUGCAAGAAAUGGUAUGAUCUGCGUAUCAACAGAUCCAACCGCAAAUCUCAAGCCUACAUAAAAAUAACGGUCAAAGCCCAUCGUCGAAACGACGAAUUGAUCUUGAAUUUUUCCAGACUCAAAGGCGACACCAAGCUAGAGAACUCGAGACCAUCGUCAGAAGACAUCCACCACGCCGUCAAGAGACUCUCGAAUGCCGGCAUACUCUCCAUCAGCAUGACAGUCGACUGCUGUGAGCACUAG